CGAUCAGUAGGCGAGCAGCGCGCUAGUGUGUGUCGCCCGUCGUGCGCGCUCGAAACUUAUUUAUUAUUAUUAUUAUUAUUAUUAUCACUGUUGUGUUUAUCAUAUUACCUAUUUAAUAAUAAUAAUAAUAACAUUUUUUUAACAUUAUAAUAAAUUAUAAUAAUAACGUUUUAUCGUACACAACGACGUCGACAACCGUCAGUGACGUACGUUCAGUGCAGCAGUGUCCAGGCCAGUGUAAUAUCACUGAUCCAUGGUCCGGUACGCCGCAAAACGACAACAUACGUCUACCCCGGACCCGUUGGUCACCACAGGUAGAUAGUGCGACCUAGUCCGGACGUCCGGAACCGUUUUGUUUCGUAGUUAACGUACGAUUUUUUCCGUCCGACCGGUUUGUGUAUGCGUUCUGUCGGCGCCCGUUACGCGGUUUUCGAUAGAUCUAAUUCCGCGACGCCUUGGCACGAGCCCUUAAGUCAUUGUUAUUGUAUUAUUUUCCUCAGGAUCGAUCGCGUCUCGUCGCUUUUCAAUUCUCCCCCGCGAGAAAAACGUCCGUCCGACCGGCAGCAGUCGACCAUAACGAAGAGAUUUAACCGCUUCGACCAAUUAAAAACGAGUACCACAGCAGAACACACCUGUCAUCUCAGCUUUCCUUUUGUCCACAACACCGUUCACCGCACUUCCCAACGACUAUCCUCGAUACUACCCCGCUCAGGGAUUUCGUUCUUAAUCAACCACACUGUUUGUAUAAUGAAUAUUAGUUAUCUAUGGCAAAGAUGAGGUAUGCAGAUAUGCCCAGAGAUGUUUCUAUUGACAAUUUUCCUUCGCUCAACGUGUCUGAGAAAGUAAAGUCAAAGGCAUAUGAUGAUGAUGAUAAAUUAGAACACUUAGUUUCCAACACGGAGUAUAGAAAAUUAACCACAUACAACUCUUUGAAAAAACAUCCAUCAAAUUUCUCAACUCCGUCGUGUGAACAAAGGCAUAGAAGACGUCUUUCAGAAACAUUAACAUGUGGUUUAGCAAGACAAUGUAAAACUCACAGUCUUCCUUGUAACAUGACAUUAAAACAUCCUUAUAGUGUUUCGCCGGUUGAUGAAAAAGAUGUUGAUAAGACUAAAGGUGUUUUGUCUCCUGGUAUACUUCCAGAAGAUUGGGCUGCCCAACUCACAUUAUUAGAUUUAAGUAUAUUCAGUCAAAUAUCUCCAGAAGAGUUGUCUUCGUGUUCUUGGAACAAAAAACAAAAAUUAGAAGUUGCACCAAAUGUAGUAGCAUUUACUAGGCAAUUCAACCAUGUAUCAUUUUGGGUUGUUCAAGAAAUAUUGAAAGGUACCACUCCAAAACUGCGUGCUGAUCUCAUCACUCAGUUUAUAAAGAUCUCCAAAAAAUUAUAUGACCUUAAUAAUUUCCAUUCAUUAUUUGCUGUUAUUUCCUCCCUUCAAAGUGCUUCAGUUUAUAGGUUAUCCAAAUCAUGGAACAAUGUGUCAAAGAAAGAUCGGCAAUCAUUUGAUAAAUUAGCCAAUGUUUUCUCAGAAUGUAAUAAUUGGAGGAAUCUUCGGGAUCAUCUAGAAACCUUACGUUUACCAUGCAUACCUUAUUUAGGUGUAUUUUUGACUGAUUUGGUGUAUGUUGAUAUGGCACAUCCUCAUAAAAGUAGUGGCUUAUUAGAAUCCGAAGCAAGACGACUGAAAAUGAAUAACAUUCUAAGAGUAAUAUCACAUAUGCAGCAGAGCCGAUAUGAUCAUUUGAUUCGGUUUUCUAGAAUAAAUGAUUAUUUAAACUCAAUUAGAUAUAUUGAAGAACUGCAUAAGUUUGUUCAAGAUGAUCAAUAUAAGUUAUCAUUAAAGUUAGAACCUUUAUCCUGCCAAACAGAAAACUCUAGAGGUUCCAAGGAAUCUGUCAAUCAAGUGUUGUUAGAUUCAUUGAGUUUAUCACCAGCAAAAUCAACAGACUUAAUGCGAAUAAGAAAAUUUUCUUUAUGUAAACAGCAGCAGCAGAAAACAAAUUGUUCAAAAUAUCGCAGUGCAAGUUUACCGCGUAGUUUUCUUAAAAAACCUGUGAAUCAAUCUGCAGUGUGUAAUAAUAAUAGCUUGAUCCAUAAAUCUGAUGAAGGAAUAUUGUCAACUGUAAACUCAAGGAAUUUACUUGAUGACUCGCUCAUUGAAGAGAAUACAUUAGAUCUGUCUAACUUAAAUUUAUCACCCUCUCAAACAUUGAAAGGAGCCCAUAAAAUAAGUUUAGAAAGUUGUUUAAGGCGUAAAGUGGUUUUGAAAAAUGGACGAAAACCAGCUGUAACAACUUGGCAGCGUUAUUGGAUACAACUAUGGGCAUCGGUAUUAAUUUAUUAUUCACCCAAGUCAUUUAAAGGUUGUAAUAGAAAUGAUUUUAAACGAGAGCCAUGCAAACUUUGUCCGUUAAAAGGAUGUACUAUUAGUCUUGGUGAUAAUCCAGAUACGUUUUUAAUCAAGCAUCCUGAUCAAAGAAAUACUUAUAAGUUUCGAGCUGAGAGUGACAAUACAGCUUUACAGUGGUAUAGAAGAUUGUACCAUGCUGCACAGUCAGUACACCAACCCGACACUAAAUUACCCGAUAACCUUAUAAGUUUCGACUGAUUAGUUUUAAAUUUCAUGUGAGUUUUUUACUUAAAAAUAGAAAAAAAAACAACUUAAAAAUCAGAUUAUUUUAUGAACAUAACCUUUGAGGUUAAUAUAAUACAUUAUAAUAUAAAUAAUAUCUAUAUAAAAGUUAAAUUGUACUAAAAGUGAUAAUCGUUACCAAAGAUGAUUUUUAAAUAGAAUAAUAUACAUAUAAAUAUAAAAUAUUAAGAUUAAGUUAGGUUAGUGUAAGUGGUUUAAUAUAGAUUGAAAUUGCAAUAAAUUAAA